CGGAAGUCACGGCGGAGGCGGAGGCAGAGGUGAUUCUGCUUCCGUUUCUAGUUUUGCUCCAGUGUUUGGGUUGUCUUCGCGGCCGCCCAAGAUGAACCGAUUCUUCGGAAAAGCGAAACCCAAGGCUCCGCCGCCCAGCCUGACUGACUGCAUUGGCACGGUGGACAGCAGGGCAGAAUCUAUUGACAAGAAGAUUUCUCGACUGGAUGCUGAACUAGUGAAGUAUAAGGACCAGAUCAAGAAGAUGAGAGAGGGUCCUGCCAAGAAUAUGGUCAAACAGAAAGCCUUGAGGGUUUUAAAACAAAAGCGGAUGUAUGAGCAGCAGCGGGACAAUCUCACCCAACAGUCGUUUAACAUGGAACAAGCCAAUUACACCAUCCAGUCUUUGAAGGACACCAAGACCACGGUUGAUGCUAUGAAACUGGGAGUAAAGGAAAUGAAGAAAGCAUACAAGCAAGUGAAAAUUGACCAGAUUGAGGAUUUGCAAGACCAGCUAGAAGAUAUGAUGGAAGAUGCCAGUGAAAUCCAAGAAGCACUGAGCCGUAGUUAUGGCACCCCAGAAUUAGACGAAGAUGACCUGGAAGCAGAGUUGGACGCACUGGGUGAUGAGCUUCUGGCUGACGAAGACAGUUCGUACUUGGAUGAAGCAGCAUCUGCACCUGCAAUUCCAGAAGGUGUCCCCACUGACACAAAGAAUAAGGAUGGAGUCCUGGUGGAUGAAUUCGGAUUGCCACAGAUCCCAGCUUCAUAGACUUGCGUCACUCAAGUACAUUGUAUAAAAUAAACACAUAUUGUGGGACUAGGAAAUAUUAUCUUUCCAAACUUA